AUGGCGCGUCGCUGGUUUAAGAAAGUUAAACCCAAGAUCAGAAAGCUACGGCCGGCCGCUCCCCAGGAAUCUGCCUUGGCUCCUUCACCACAAACACCUUCGCCAACACCGUCUCGGCCUGCAUCCCAACCAACCACUCGACCGACAUCUCAGCCAACGCCUUCUCCACCUACCUCGACGGAUUCCGACACCUCGCCGCUGCCGACUCUACAAGAGCGACUUUGGAACCAGGCCUACGACGAGCUCAAAGCCAGCGAGCCCAAACUGGUCGAAGCGUACGAGAGGAUCUUAUCAGCCGAACUCCACCGAAACGACUCGAGCUCCAUUACCUCCGAACCAACAGAAAACAAGAUAGGAAGGACUCGGGAGACAAGAUGUCGCCAAAUGCAGCAGUUGGUCCAGGAAGGACCGGACCGGACGCAGAAGGCAGCGUCCAUCAAGUGA